CUUUGUCGAACCUUUUUUUUUACCUUCCUUUUCAUUACUCUUCUAAACGAAAAUGUCUGACGAUCACGAAACCACCUUCGGUGCCGCCGAUGCCGGUGCCUCCUUGACCUUCCCCAUGCAGUGCUCUGCUCUCCGCAAGAACGGUCACGUCGUCAUCAAGGGUCGUCCCUGUAAGAUCGUCGACAUGUCGACCUCCAAGACCGGCAAGCACGGUCACGCCAAGGUCCAUCUGGUUGCCAUUGACAUUUUCACGGGCAAGAAAUUGGAAGACUUGUCGCCCUCGACCCACAACAUGGAUGUCCCCAACGUCCAGCGUAAAGAAUACCAGGUCAUCAACGUCGAAGACGGUUUCCUUAGCUUGAUGUUGGACGACGGCGAUACCAAGGAUGAUGUCAAGCUUCCCGACACCAACCUUGGUGAGCAGUUGCAAAACGACUUUGACGAAGGCAAGGACUUGUUGGUCACUGUCGUAUCUGCCAUGGGUGAAGAACAUGCUUUGGCCUACAAGGAAGCUCCCAAAUAAGCUGGUUCUUUUUUUUUUGCAUCAUGUUCUUUUGUAUUUAAGAAAAAGCAAUACUUCCUCCAAAAAAAAAACCUCAUCUACGAUCUCCCUUCCGCUUAUCACUUCUCACAACUCACAUAAUAAAAAGUCGAAAAAGACAUUUGCACUGCAAUUGUAUGUACAACGCC